AUGGGGAGAGAAGCUGAUAACAAGUUCACAUGGGUGAUUAAGAACUUCUCAUCUUUGCAAUCCGAGAGGGUCUUUUCUGAUAUAUUUGUGAUCGGUUCUUGCAAAUGGCGUCUUAUGGCCUAUCCCAAAGGAGUCAGGGAUAAUAGAUGUUUCUCUCUAUUUCUGGUGGUUGCUGAUAUCAAAACUUUGCCUUUUGGCUGGAAACGACACACAAAAUUUCGCCUUAACGUUGUAAAUCAGCUUUCGGAACAUCUUUCCAAACUCAAAUCAACACAAAUGUGGUUUGAUAUGAAGUCUCCGGGUUGGGGGUUCUCAGAAAUGCUUCCUCUUGACGAAAUUAAGGCUGAAAAUGGUGGGUUUCUGGUGAAUGAAGAAGUCAAAAUUGUUGUGGAGGUUGAUGUUGUUGAAGCUCUUGGCAAAUUAGAAGAAUCUGAAGAGACAAACCAACCUCCGAAAAAGGUAAAGCUAGAGGCUUGUGUGGAAUCGAAAGAUUUGCUUAAGGAAACUUCAUUGGUAAAAGAAGAAAGCAUUGAUGUCAAUGGGUUUCAUGCUCCUUCCCAGAUGGAAUUUGUUUGCCGUGUUUUUGAAAGAUACCCAGAAAUUGCAACAGUAUUCCAAGCAAAGAACCAACAUUUGAGAACAGCAUGCAUGCAUGUGCUCUUCAGCAUAAUCCAGACACUGUGCAAGUCAGUGGAAGAGCUCUCAAAUGAUGAUCUUGUGGAAGGAGACAAUGCAUUACAAUACCUGAAAUUUUCAGGCUUUAAGGUUGAUUGGUUGGAGAAGAAGCUGGAGGAAACUAAGGAAAAGAAGAAGGAAGAACAGAUUGUUGAAGCUCGUAUGCAAGAAUUAGAGGAAGAAUUGAAGAUAUUCCAGCAGAAGUGCUCAGAUGCAAAAGCACUAUUGGAGAAAGAGAAGACAAAGUUGUUGGCCACCAUGGCUUCUCCUUUAACAUUGGAUGAGCUUCUCCUUUAAACUUGGAUGAUGUUCUUUGAAUCCUUAGGAAC